GGUCAAUAAAAUUUAUUCUUAUGGAUUGCCACAAACUUCAUUGCAACAAUUCCAAAGUUGUGCCUGAAUACCUAGUCGAGAAGGGCGCCCAUUCACCUGACGAAAAGUUGUCAGAUAGGUACGUGAUAAACAAAUCGCGGUUUAUCAGAAACAAGACAGAGGCUGAAAUUCAUUUCCUUGAGGAUCAGUUCACACAAGAUCCUUCGUGGAGCAGAAAGACCGUACAGUUCUGAAAGGAUCAUCUAGAUCUGGGGACCACCCAGAUCUAUAAAUGGGGAUUUGACAAGAAGAAGUUGCUCAAGAAAUACUCCAGGACAGUCUCUAGGCUUAGCAAUAAUGCUAAACCUGGGGACAAGGAAUAUUUCAAAGCCUUCUUUAGUUACCUCAAACUACUAAAUCAAAAGAAAUCUAAGAAAUUCCGUCAGCAGAAGAAAAUCCAAGAAAGUUCCAAAACUGAGGAUCGGAGUGAGCCAAUGAGAAUUUCGCAGCCCAAAAGUGAUACUAAGGUGAUUGGAUUAGAAAAACCAAUAGAUUACAACACUGAGGUUGGAGAAAUUCUGAAAUUAGUCGCACAUCAGGAAGAUAUUGGGAUAAAUAGAAGCUCCGAUCUUAAGGACAAUUUUUCCCGGUCCCUUGACCAGAAGUCAGCCAAGCAGGAUUCCUCCUCUUCUGACAAUCAUAGUAGUUGGUUGGAUGAACUAUGGAGGGAAGAGUUUAAUGCUAACACAUAUAUCUCGAAUUCGUCAGAUUUUAUAACUGUUACCUCUCCGUUUGAAAAUGACCAAGUCAGAUACAGCUUCGAGCAAGGAUUCAAAAUAAGUGAAGGGAUGACCCAAAAUCUGAGAAACAUCAAAGACCCAUACUUAUGAAAUUUCUUCACACAAGGAAACCUUUAGACAUGAAUACAGACCCUCAGC